AUGACCCUCCCUUCAGCCGAGGGAAAUAAAAACAAUAUAUUAGAUGUUACCCAAGGAAGUUUAUUAAUGAAUUUUUUAAAACAAAUAAAUAUUGAAUGUAAGAAUUGUAAUGAUGAAGAAAUUAUCAAAUUAGCACUCGGGGAAAUUGAGGAAAAAACAAAUGAUUUCUACCUUGCAACAAGAAAUCUUUUUAAUGACAAUUAUGAUGUAAAUAACAAUCCUUUCAGCGCAUUACAUGACGUACUUUACGAAAGCAUUGCUAAAUAUACUACCAUUAUAGAACCAACAAUUAAAUUAGACAAGAAACAAUUGCCCAAAGUACGCACAGCAAUUAUUGAGACUCUAAUAGAUGAUUUAGAUCAUCUAGUUAAAUUAUUUGGCGAACAAACAAGAUUUGAUUAUGAUUAUAGAUUGGCUAAAAAUCACCAUAUAGCUGAAAUACCUCCAUUUCUGAUAGCAGAAAUUUGUGAAAAAAUCCCCGAUAUUGCACAACAACAAGGUCUGCAAAUAGCUCUUCGAUCUACACAUAAAAAGAAAAGACAAUUUCCUUUUUACAAAAUCCUCAUCUUGAGGGUGUGGGUGUGUAUUGAGACAUGA